AUGGAGACCAGUUUCCAAGCCGCCAUCGACGCCGGCAAGAUCAACGGCGCCGUAACCUGCGCCACCGAUGCCGAAGGCAACUUCGUCUACAACAAGGCAAUCGGAGAACGCACUUUACUCUCCGGCGAAAAACAGCCACUGCAGCUCGACGACGUGCUAUACGUAGCCUCAGCCACCAAAUUGAUCACAACCAUCGCCGCCCUACAAUGCGUCGAGGACGGUCUACUGACUCUAGACGGCGACCUAUCAUCCAUCGCCCCAGAGCUUGCUGCCAAACAAGUUCUCACCGGCUUUGCCGAAGACGGAAGUCCCCAGCUCGACCCACCAGCCCGCCCCAUCACUCUCAAAAUGCUGCUCACACACAGCUCCGGUACUUGCUACCACUUCCUGAACCCGCUCGUUGCCAAAUGGCGCGCGCAGUUCGCCGAUCCUGAUAGCGAGGAGCGUCGCUCCGUCGAGGAGAUGUUCACCUACCCCCUCAUCUUCCACCCUGGUGACGGCUGGAUGUACGGGCCUAGUCUUGACUGGGCUGGUCGUGUAGUUGAGCGCGUCACGGGCGGCACGUUGAUGGAAUUCAUGCAGAAGCGUAUCUUUGACCCGCUCGGUAUUUCAGAUGCGCAGUUCUAUCCUGUUACCCGUGAGGAUCUGCGACCUCGUCUUGUCAACCUCACUCCCGAUGACCCUGAUGCCGUUGGGAGUGCCGUGCUUGGCGGGGGUGGCGAGAUGAACUUGCGGGGUCGGGGUGACUUUGGUGGUCAUGGGUUGUUUAUUCCCGGUUUGGAUUUCGUUAAGGUUUUGCGCUCGUUGUUGGCUAAUGAUGGGAAAUUGCUCAAUGCGAAUACUGUCGACAAUAUGUUCCAGCAACAUCUUACCCCUGAAGGGGCGGCGGGACAUCAAGCUGCGCUUGAUAAUCCUGCUGUCGGGCCCUUUUUCCGCGUGGGUACGGAGCUAGGGGCGAAGGUUGGUCAUGGGUUGGGUGGUUUGGUGACCCUUGAGGAUGUUGAUGGUUGGUAUGGUGAGCGGACGUUGACUUGGGGUGGUGGCUUGACGCUUGCUUGGUUCAUUGAUCGGAAGAAUAACCUAUGUGGUGUCGGUGCGCUCCAGGCUAAGCUGCCGGUUGAUGGGGAUUUGAUGGCGGAGUUGAAGCAGAUCUUCCGUAAAGAUAUUUACCACAAAUAUGCUACGUGGAAGGGCCAGCAGUAG